AUGAAGAGAGGUCCAGUUGGGAGUCCCAUUGUCAAAAGUAACAAGAAACCAAAAGUUCACGGGGACUAUGAACAGUAUAUGCACUUGAAUACAACGUAUUAUACGCACCCGAUUACUUGUCAAAAGGCCAACAACUUCAACAACCAAAGUAGAAAGAAGCCAGUGGACCUUUUGAAGCAACUUAAUUCAAAGCAGGAAAAAUCCGGCGGUAUCAAGACAUUUAUUCACUGGUUUAGAGGUGAUUUGAGAGUUCAUGAUAAUAGAGCUCUGUUAGAAGCACUCGAACAGUUCAAGAAAUAUAAAGAACAGGGUCCUGCCCAGUUUUUGACAAUUUUUACCAUCAACGAACACGAUUGGAGAGCUCAUCUGGAUAGUGGUUGGAAAUUGAAAUUCCAAUUAAAUGCGGUCAGAAACCUCGGCGAGAGGUUAUCAAAGAUGUCUAUCCCGCUGCAUGUGCUGCAUUUCCAACCCGAGGAUCCAUUGCUGUGCAGUUCCGGUGAAUAUGCGUCAUGGUUAAAGAGUGAGUGUUUAAAACUGGCCAAAGAUUCAGGACCUACUCUGGUUACGGCCAAUUUGCAAUACGGAGCCGAUGAGCAAUACCGUGAUGUAAAAGUAUUCGAAAGAUGUGACGCUAAAUUCAAAUUUCAGGUCUUUCAUGAUGCCUGUGUUAUAGAUCCGGGCACUUUGGCCACUGGUAAAGGCACUCAAUACACAGUAUUCACCCCUUGGUAUAAAAAAUGGAUAGCAGAGGUGCAGGAAGAUUUGAAAGAUUCCGGAUUUGUGAAGGAAGAGCCUGAGAAGCCAAUUAGUGAUCAGAAGGUAGAGUUUAAGAACCCGGAUUACGAGUUGCCCUCUGAAUUUGCAAACUACAUCCCGGAAGGCGGUCCAGAAGUACCAGAAGCUUCUGAAAAGGCUGCUUUCCAACAAUUGUCAGAUUUUUUAAAAGGUAAAGUACAUGAUUACGAGAAAAAGGAUCACUUACCAGAUGAGGGUUCUUCUCACCUUAGCUGCUAUAUCACCUCAGGGCUCAUAAGCACUAGAGUUGUUGUCAAAGAAAGUGUCAAAGAAAGUAAUGGAGCAGUAGCUGCGAAAGAUGUCAGGAAAAAUUCACCUGUUCAAGAGUUUAUUCGUGAAGUGGCCUGGAGAGAUUUCUACAAACACGCUUUUAGUAACUGGCCUUUCCUGUCGAUGGAUAUACCGUACCAUUUUGAGCUCAAUGACAUGAAUUGGAGAGACGACAAGGAAGCUUUCAUAAGUUGGUGUGAAGGUAAAACUGGAGUACCAAUUGUGGAUGCUAUUAUGAGGAAAUUGCUCUGUACAGGGUACAUCAACAACCGAGCCAGAAUGAUAACGGCUUCGUUCAUGUGCAAAAACCUACUUCUAGAUUAUCGCUGGGGUGAGAGAUGGUUUAGAAAGCAUCUAAUAGAUUUCGAUCUAGCAUCAAACGUGGGAGGAUGGGGUUUCUGUUCGAGUACUGGUAUAGACUCGCAACCUUACUUCCGGAUUCUCAAUAUGGAGCUACAGAGUAAGAAAUUUGAUCCGAAGGGCGAUUACAUCAGAAAGUGGGUGCCUGAGCUGAAAGACUGUAAGGAUGUUCAUACUUUCCAUUUGGCAAGGAAAGGCUAUAAGUCUGCAAUUGUUGAUUACAAAAAAAGUCGUGAAGAUGCGCUAGCUGCAUACAGAGAGAUUAUUUAG